AUGUUUCCUACGGGGUCAACUGACAAGCUUGAAAGAGACUUGGUGACGGUCACGGUUGAAAAAUACAACCCUUCAACUCCUUCAUCUUCAGUCGAAAAAUUUUCUCAUGUGGAAGAGCUGUCUCAAGAUGAUCUAGCUCCUCAAAAGAUAGAUAAUGGGGAGGGCCAAAUCACAUUCAUUUACAAACAAUCCCAAUUCCCGCCAGACUCAGAGCUCGCAAGAUAUGCCGCUAAUAAUGACGACAAGAUUACCUACACACAAUCUGAAGUCAAAAAGCUUUUACGUCAAUACGACAAACACAUUCUAACGUUUGUAUCAUUUCUUUAUUUCCUUUCCCACCUCGACCGAGGAAACAUAGGAAAUGCAAAACUCGCAGGCAUGCAAAAGGACCUCAAUUUUGAGGGCCGCCAAUUUGAGCUUAUUGUCAUCAUGUUUUUCGUCGGUUACAUUUGUUUUCAGUGGGGCAUUCUUCUUUGGAAAAUUGUGAAGCCGAGUCACUUUGUUCCAUGGAUCAUUCUCGGCUGGGGCAUUGUUUCCACAUGUUGUGCUGCAGUUCAAAACUGGAAACAACUUUUGGUACUUCGCGUCAUUCUGGGUAUCUUUGAAGCUUGCUUCUCUCCAGGGAUUUAUUAUUAUUUUUCCUUUUUUUAUCAUAGAGAGGAAAUUGCUAAACGCAUUGGAGGGUUCCAAUGCUUUUCACCAAUUAGUUCAGCCAUUUCAGGAGUUAUCGCAUAUGGAAUCACAAACCAUGCUCCCAAAGGUAUCGUUCCAUGGCGUCUCCUCUUUAUUGUUGAAGGAGCUCCAACUAUUCUUGGAGGCCUUAUCGCAUUUUUUGCAAUAAUUAAUAGCCCCCACUCUUGCUGGUUUCUCUCAGAAAAGCAAAAACUGAUUGCCCAAGCACGCACCCUAGGCCAAUCAGGUAGUGUCAAUAGAGGUGGCCAUGGCCUUAAUAAAAAGGAAAUCAUCGCCGCAUUACUUGACUUUAAAAUUUGGGCCAAUACUAUCCUUUUCUUUUGCAUCACCAUGUGUCAGGUUCCUCUCCCCAUUUUCCUGCCUUCCAUUAUUGAAGGAAUGGGCUAUCAAAAUAUAGAAGCCCAAGGCAUGACCUCCCCGCCUUAUCUUGUUGCUGUUAUAGCCAUUUUAACUGUUUGUUAUUUCUCCGACCGCUACCUUAAGCGCGCCUUUUUCCUUGUUGCAAGCCUGGCUUUAGCUGCGGUUGGAUAUAUCCUCUUAGCUGUAUCUCCAGUAACUGGUGGCCGGUAUUUUGGUCUUUAUCUUGCUGUCCCUGGAGUAUAUGCUGCCCUGGCUAUGAUUAUGGCAUGGACCGGCGACAACCAAGGUUCCGAUUCAAAGCGCGGUGUUGGAUACGUCAUUCUUCAUGUUUUUGGAAUGACUGGCCCUAUUGUUGGAACAUUUCUCUUCCCAGAUUCAGAACGUCCGCAUUACAGAAAGGGUAUUUGGGUCACAUUUGGUAUUGUCAUUUUUACCAUUGUAUUUGGCGCUGUUUAUGGCUUGUAUUUGUUUAGAGAAAACAAAAAGCUGGAUAAAAAACAUGGGCCUGCAGAUCCUAAAAAAAUAAGAACUUGCAGCGAUGAUACUCAAAAAGAUUUUCGUUAUGUCAUUUAG